AUGAUCCCCACGGCCGACCCCAUUCUCUCCCUCAACCCUGAGACCUUGCCCCCGUCAGCUUUGCACAUGCUAUCGCUGUCGCCCAAGGCAAUGCAUAAGAUGCCCGUCGUCUCCAACUCACUUGUCUCUCCAAAUGCUAUUCCUCCUCGCACCUCAAGCAACGGCGUCCCGACCUCUCUCAACGCGACCCCAACUAAACCCGUCUUGCGCCCCGUCCCCGAAGGCGACUGGUUGAGCCAGAAACAAGAAGCAGCAAAGACACAAGUCGCAAACCCUGGGUACGGCGUCAUGGCUGCUCCCAACCCUCCUCCCGACCCCGAGCGCUACGCUCACGAGGAUCUCGAGUUCACGGCUAAGCGCUCUUGGAAUCACGACAAGGAGAGCGUUGUUCGUGGUCCUUACGACUAUGUCAUUAGCCACCCCGGCAAGGACUUCCGCGCCCAACUGAUCGGCGCCUUCAAUGCUUGGCUUGAUGUGCCCGCACCAAGCCUCGAGGUCAUUACCCGCGUCGUCGGCAUGCUACACGAGUCUUCGCUCCUUAUCGACGAUGUACAAGAUUCGUCCGAGCUGCGCCGUGGCUUUCCCGUCGCACACAACAUCUUUGGUGUCGCCCAGACUAUCAACUCGGCCAACUACGUCUACUUUGUCGCUCUGCAAGAGCUGCACAAGCUCAACAACCCAGAGCUGAUCACCAUAUUUUCUGAUGAGCUCGUAAACCUCCACCGGGGCCAGGGGAUGGAUCUCUUUUGGCGAGAUACCCUGACCUGCCCUACCGAAGAGGAUUACCUCGAAAUGGUCGGCAAUAAGACGGGUGGUCUAUUCCGUCUUGGUAUCAAGCUCAUGGCCGCGGAAGCCAACGGUCCUACCGAUUGCGUACCCCUCGUCAACUUGAUUGGUCUCAUCUUCCAAAUUCGCGACGACUACAUGAACCUAUCUUCCAAAGAAUACAGCCAUAAUAAGGGAAUGUGCGAAGAUCUGACUGAGGGCAAGUUCUCGUUCCCAGUUAUCCACAGCAUCCGCUCCAACCCCACAAAUCUUCAGCUCAUCAACAUUCUCAAGCAAAAGACCAACGACAUCCAGGUCAAGCGCUACGCCGUCUCCUACAUGGAGUCCACCGGCAGUUUCGAGUACACUCGCAAAGUCCUUGCUGUUCUCGUCGAGCGAGCCCGCAAGAUGGCCGAGGACCUUGACCAGGGCCGCGGUAGCACAAAGGGCAUCCAGAAGAUCCUCGACAAGAUGGCCAUUCCCUAA